UACUGUCUACCAUGACCACUACAGUUCUUUUCUCAACGUUUGCUCCAUUCCCGACUCUUUCGCUCUCUGUUUCUCCAGAAACCCGAUUCGAUGAACUGUAUCCUCUUUUGUGCACGCGCUAUUCCGAUCUCCCUGCUUCAGAGGACUUAAGAAUUUCAUCUCAUGCUGGAUCUGUCCCCACACCGGACACCCUCAUCUCUGAGAUUCAUGGACAAGAUGCGACUCUCAUUACGUUGAAACUUAUUCCCCGGCUCCGAGGUGGUAAGGGAGGUUUUGGUUCGCAGUUGCGUGCUGCCGGUGGUCGCAUGAGUAGUCAGAAGACCAGUAACAAUGACUCAUGCAGAGAUCUUAGUGGACGCAGACUUAGUACCAUCAAAACUGCGAAAAGGCUUGCAGACUACAUGGGAAAUGAAGAUGAACGGAAGAAGGCCCAGGCUGAGGCCAAAAAAGCCAAGCUAGAGACACUCGAGAAGAAGAUUGCAGCUGCAUCAGGGGAUACGGAGGCCGUUGCUGGCAAGAAGCAUCGGUUCGAUGAUACAGAAUACCUCGAGGAAAGUAGGGAAAUAGUCGACAAUGUCAAAUCUGCAGUGUCUGCAGGUCUCAUGAAGAAAAAGAAAAAGAUGAAGACUAACCACGUUUCUAAGUCACCUGAGUCAUCCACUCCUCCAAAGGACGCGAUUACGGAGAAAGUGCUGAAAUUACCGGCCGCACCUAUUGCGAUGCCUACAGCUGUUACUGUUGGAGUCGCCAGCGCGUAGUCCUUGCCUGUUGAUAUAUCUUUUUGUAAAUUACGCAGUGUAUGGAUAAUGUAUCCUCCGAGUUGUUGUGACCAUGUGAAUGGAAUCAUAUUAUUAGGCUU